CAAAGUGAUAUAAAAUGAUCUAAAAAGUGAUAUAAAGUGAUAAAAAAACAGUUAUUCUGAUUACGUUAUUUAAUCAAGUCCAAAGUCCAAUAACUGCCAAAUCAACAAAAACAAAAAUUUGAUGAAAUAGAUCAUAAGUUUCACAUCUAAUAACAUCGACUCAAUAGCGCAGUCGGCUAAGAGCUUGUCUUUUUGCCUUAUAAGCAUUCUCAAGCGAGAGACACGAGUUCGAUCCCCGCUCCGACCGACAAUUUUUGUAAGAAAUAUGGAGUCUCCAAGCAACAUAACACUACGAAGAAAAGCUAGGAGACACUCCGAAACUGAUAAUACAAAAAAUUACUCGUCCUCAACACUAGAUGGCAGCACAAAUAGCUUACCGAAUAUAUCAACAGAAAGUUGUGAUAAAUUGGAAGACUUACGACACGAAUUAGACGACAUAAAAAUCCAAUUAUCUAUAGCGCACGAAGAAGUAAAAAACUUAUCACUCGAAAAUGCUUCUCUGAAGGCCUCAUUGGAAGAAAUGAAAAAGAAAUGCGUACUUUACAAAAAAGUUACAUGCGACGUAACACCAAAGAAAACUAAGCAGACUUCAUCUACUCCAAAGAAAACCAAUGGCUCAAAAGUUUCCAAGCCAAAAAAUGUUACACUUAUGAAUACAUCAUAUACUACUACAGCAACACAGACCGAUACAGUACUGCCAAAUGCCACAAAAUACCAAUAUGAACCAAUUACAACUAAAGACGGAGCUAUGAAACCUAAAAACAAUGCGAAGAAACACAAUAUCUGUAUAAUAAGCAGCAACAAAAAUAACAACAUCACUGAGAUCGCUGAAAAUACAUUCCAAGGAAAUUAUAGAUACUGUCACCAUAUCCACACAAAUGGUAAUAUUGCUACACUUAUCUCAAGUAUAAAAACUACAUUAAAAAACUACACAAAGAACGAUUUUUGUGUCAUUAUGAUUGGCGAGGAAGACUUCAAAUGCACAAGUAACUACUUUGACGUGAUAAGUCAGAUAAGGACUACACUUCAAACCAUAGAUUUCACGAAUAUAGUCAUCUGCCUACCAACAUACAACUGCUCCCACAGCAAAAACAUGUUCAACUGGAGAGUUGAAACGUUUAAUAACCUUUUAUGGUUAGACGUCACCACUCACAAGUAUGCGCACAUUCUUGACUCUAAUCUGCAACUGACAUAUGAUUAUAUGACAGCACAGCCAUAA